AUGACCUCCAACAAUGGCUUGUCCCAUAAUCUGCAUGACGUGUUAGCAGAACUAAAUCGUCGUCCGUAUCCCCAUGUUCCUAAUCCGCCCACUUGCAAAAAACGAGCCUCGGUUGCUUUGAUUAUUCGGGUCCGGCCGACAUAUGAACAUUGGCCCGGCGCGGAACAACCCAGUGAUGCCUCACAAUCGGUGCAAGAACGUCUGAAUGGAUUCUUCUCACAGGAUUGGGUACAACAUGGGGAACCGGAGGUUCUCUUCAUCAAACGUGCUUCGCGAGUAGGGGACCGAUGGACCGGUCACGUUGCCUUGCCCGGCGGGAAGCGAGAUCCCGAAGACGCAGACGAUCAGGCUGCCGCAAUCAGGGAAGCCUCGGAGGAAAUUGGAUUGGACUUGACCACGGACGAUUGUAUCAGUGUGGGCAAUCUCCCCGAACGGGUGGUCACCACCAGCUGGGGAUCCGAACCGUUGAUGGUUCUCUCGCCUUUUGUGUUCCUUACGACCCGCAGCGACUCUCCAACCCUGCGACUGCAGCCCACGGAGGUAGCAUCGACACAUUGGAUUCCUUUGCGCGCCCUCUUAUCGCCGUCCCAAAGAACCGUGGAAUAUGUGGAUAUGUCGCAGCGAUUCGCGCGACAGGGUGGUUUCUUCACUCGUCUUGCGGUUCGGUCUUUAAUGGGCUGGAUGCAAUUCUCGGCGGUUCACCUUUUGCCCUCCGAGACCCAACAAUGCACCACCACCGCAGGCUUUCUCCCCGAAGACAAGCCCCAGCCUUCCCUGGCCCAGCGCUUCAAAGGCUGGUGUCUCAGUAAUCAAGCAGAGUCUCACGAGACUGGCCGCCCACUGCUUCUGUGGGGCCUCACCCUCGGGAUCCUCGCUGAUUUCCUGGAUAUGCUCCCUCCCCACAACGCAGUCCAGCUGUGGAAAUACCCAACAUUUACGGUGCCCGAUUUGCGCCUGAUUGUAAGCGUUGUAACGUACCACCUGCGGAAGCGCAAUACCCGCAAUGUGAAGGUGGGAGCUCGUCCCCGGGACCUCACCUCUGCGGGCGAAGGGACUCCCAAGUUAUCCAGCCCUAGCGACCAUAAUCAUAAUGAAGUGGGGAUAGGAGGUCUUGGCGUAGGGAGAUAUUACGGUGCCUCAGAUCAGGCAGAUGGACAAUCAUAUGCAGUGGGGAUCAUGCUCCGGGGGUAUUAUACUCGAUUGCGAAUGGCCAUCUGGGUGUUCCUUGCCUGGCGGGUGGCCAUUGGCUCUGUUGCGGGUAUAUAUGCAUGGCGUCUGCUUCGAAAGCUACGCUGA